UUACGGUUUUAAUUCGAUUGAUUUAAUGAUUUUGAGCAGUGUGCAUUUGUUGAGAAAAAAAAACAACGAAAUCGUUUGAAAUGCAAAGCCGACUAAGCAACGGAUGAUUAAUAUAAUAUCGGUUUUUGUUUCGGCAAUGUCUCAAAAUGGCCGUCUUCAUGAGAGUGUUUUUUUGCGAACAUUUUUUCUUUGUAUUGCACCAUAUAUCCGCAACAAAUUUUGUGACUAUAUAGAUCGGAUGAACAGCUAAAAAAUUCACGCAUUUUAGAAUUUUAUACGACAAAAAUUGAAAAUUGUUCCAAGCAUUUUUAUUUGCAAGUUCGGUGUUGUUAAUUUUGUAUUCAGAGACGACAGCAGCAUAGACAAAGGAAUGAUGAAUUGACAGUGAAAUAUUUCGGAAUUGCUUUGGAAAUUGGAAAUAAUCACAACGUUUUGUGUAUUUAUAGAGGAAUAAGUUUGAAUUGCGUGAAAAGGAAUGUGUUGAUUUCUGGAGAAUACAUUCGAAAAGCCUGUUUCGUUCUAAUCUGGAAGAGUGAAUUGUGUGUAGCAGCGGUGCGGAAAGAUAAACAGGCCAGAGUAGAACGGUGUGUGUUUUCGCAUUUAUUUUUCGUUGGUGGGUGCAGUGAAGACGAGCGAGAGAUGUCAUCGAGCGCAGGUUCGAGCAGUGGAAGUGGUCGCGGCCGUGGCAAUGGCAACGGCAACAAUGGUAACAACAGCAGCAGCAAUGGCAGUGCAUCGGCGGUGAAUUCGGGACCGCAAGAAACAAAGCCAGAAACAAAAGAUCCAAAACCAAAUCCAAAGAUUUCCAAGGCAUUGGGCACGUCUGCGAAGCGCAUACAAAAGGAAUUGGCCGAAAUCACACUUGAUCCACCACCAAACUGUUCAGCCGGUCCAAAAGGUGAUAAUUUGUACGAAUGGGUCUCAACAAUUCUGGGUCCACCAGGCUCCGUGUAUGAAGGUGGUGUAUUUUUCCUAGACAUACACUUCUCACCGGAAUACCCAUUCAAACCACCAAAGGUCACCUUCCGGACGAGAAUAUAUCACUGUAACAUAAAUAGUCAGGGCGUUAUCUGUUUGGAUAUUUUGAAAGACAAUUGGUCACCGGCACUGACCAUUUCAAAAGUAUUACUAUCCAUUUGCUCACUUUUGACCGACUGCAAUCCUGCCGAUCCACUUGUUGGAAGCAUUGCCACACAAUAUUUGCAAAAUAGGGAAGAACACGACCGAAUCGCUAGAUUAUGGACUAAGCGGUAUGCAACGUGAUUUAGCUGCUUUUUGUGGUUGUAACCAAAAUCGAGACAAGUGAAGAGAAAAAACAUGAAAAGAAAAGCAAAAUCUACAAUAAAUCUAAUCAAGAUAUGUAUUUAAUUCGUAAGGCAAACUAAAAACUAAACACGUACAUAUAUAACUAUUACAAAGUAAGAACAAAAAAAAACAAACAACAACAACAUAAUAAUUAUGUAUUCGAUUUUCUACAUAUAACAAGCAACUACAAUAGAAAAAAUCAUUUAGAGAGAUGAAGAGAAAUGAGCUACCAUAUCUUCAGAUCAAAUCAGAAUGCCAUUGCCCGUUUAAAGUUCGUUUUUUAGACCAAAUAUGUCAUUUUUAUUUGUAUGUUGAUUACAUGUAAACCGAAAAAUUAUCCGAAAUAUACACACACUUUGAUAAGAGAAUUGUUCAAGGAAUCGAAUGGAAACAGCAGAAGAAGCAUAUGAAAUUAGCAUAAAAACGGAAACGAAAAUUAUUGAUGAUAAAAUUCUAGUUUGUAUACUAUCCUGAUUUACGAUGAAUUUAAACUUGAAAAGGAAAUAACGAAAAAGAAUUUAUAUUAGUUUCCAUAUAGGUUCCGCAUGCAUUUCAUGCUGUGGAUGAAUUAGGAGAAAGCAAAAUUUAUGAAAAAAGAAUAAAAGAAAAAUGCAACAACAAAAACAACAACAACAUACACACAGAUACACAAAAUGCGCGUGAAUGUGAAUAUCAACAACCAACUUUUUUUAACUUAUUGACACUCGUAGGCGAACAUAAAUUUAUGAAUGGAGAAUGCAGGCUGGUUAAACAAAAGAAUAAUUAAGAUGCGAAGGCUGAAACAAACACAUUUGGCGAAGAAGAAAUUGAUUCAGAAAGAGAAAGAAAAAAAACUCCACACUAUACAUCAUUUUAGUAACGUGAUCACACAAUGAAAUUUUUUUAGGCGAUAAGAAUUGCGACAACAUUUCCGAAGAUCAAAAUUAUUUUUUUUUUAUUCGAUAGUUGACAAAAGAAAAGAAAAAACAAAGACUCUUACACAAUUGCAUUCGGUUGUUUUUCUAGCUUGAAAAAUAAAUGAACGAAAAAAAAAUGAUGUAACGUUCGAUUCAACCUUAUCUCGAUUCGGAAAUCAACAAGCAAAAAUAAUCUUGAUUUUUUUUUUAAAUAUAAAGAUGGAACCUCCUACAAGCACAGCUGCGAUUUUUCCUGAUUCUCAUUUCAAAUUGAAAAAAAAAAAUGAAUGUGACCAAUUCUUCAAUAGAUUAGAGUUUCCAAUAUGAAAUUCAUCAAACACACAUUUUUAAAACUGAUACUAUACACCUAACCGUUUAUACGUUGUUAUAUGCUUCGCUUUUCAACCCGUUUGAUAGUAUAAUUUAUGUAUAAUCCUACGUUUAUUUUCUAUUUACCCCCUAAAAAUACAUCGAAAAACACUAAGUUCCUCUUUUUUUUAUCAGAUUGGAAACUAAAGAUGAUUUAUUUCUUGCUCGUUCGAAGCAGGGACACUCAAAUCUGAUUUAUCAUUUCAAUAGAUAGAUCAGUUUGAUUCAAUAUGAAUUUUUGAUAAUUGAUUUAUUAUUUUAAAUUGAUUGUCAUAGAAUUUUAAAUUCAAUUUAACGAAAUAUGAAAUAAAAAGAAAUCCAAUUUGUGCCAAUGUUUUUUUUUUUCGUUCAAACGAAAUAGUUUUCGCUAUUUUUUUCUGCAAAAUUACCAUUUAAUUUUUUUAUGUUUUUAUAUCGAUACGUCCUCAAUGAAUGAACUGAUCCAUAGCAAACGAAAAGAAACCACAUGCAUCAUCUUUUUUAUGGGUGAUAUCAAUUGUAUAAUUGAUAUUUGAUUGUAUCUCGACUCAUUCAACGUGCGACUCAAUCAAUAGAUAUGAAAAUAUAAAUAUCAAUUUGUAAUUUUGGUGGCGUUAACAAACAGUUCUGUUUAUAAUAAACUCUAUUUAACGCUCAACAAGGAAUAUUGUGUAUAUUUUUGGAUAAGUCAAAUCAUAGUUCUAACAGAAGAGAAAAAAAUAAUUAAAAAAGCAGAUAAAAAUCAUUUCAAGUUCCAUUUUUUUUGUUAUUUUCUUUUUUUUGCUCAUUUUGAUUCAAUGGAAAUAAUCCUAUAAUAGAACAGAAACAACAACAACAAUAACAACAUAGUGAGCGCUAUUGUGAAUCACAGUGAAAAAGUUACAUUUUAAGUCAAAAAAACAACAAAAAUCGAAAAUAUUCACAUAAAAAUAGUAAAUAAAUCGUAUUAUGUGUCAAAAGAUAAA